AUGGUCAUGUCCUCUGAUUCCUCCCACGCUACGAUCUCCCUACAUUCCGAUGCUUCACAGAGGCAUGAGAUCGUUGCCUCGCCUCCCCCGUUGAUCCCUGCGAUCCCUGCGAUCCAUCAAGAGAACAGACUUACCAGCAUCCCUUCACAUCGUCGGGCGAACACCGAAUACAUAGCACGGCCCCCGAUCUUUGAAGAUAGCGGAGACCUGUCGGGAGACGAGAGGACCGCCCGCCCACCCCUCUCUUGGGCCAAUACAUUCCAGAGAAAGAAGUUCGAAGCCAGGGCUCAGGUCCUGUCAGAUUGGUUCCAGGGCAAGUCGGAUCCAGUCGAUUUAGGAAUCAGGGUGCGUCCAGACGGAGUCCCUGACACUCUUGCAAUGGAAUCCCCGCAGCGCCAACCCGCUGUAGCGGCACAGCAUGCACGAAAGGCGUCAGCGCCCCCAGGAUCCGGCCGCUUCUCUUUCUUCGGUCUUCGGCGACAAGUAGAUCAGCCGCCGCCAGACCCUGCCGACGACGAGUUCCUGAACUUCGAUGUUUGCGCCGCCCUUUCCCUGCCUACCUCCCACUCCCACCCUGAUGAAGACCUCGACACGCUCCGGCAACAAGCCACGACAGUCAUACGUCGGAUGCAAGAGGCCUACAAACAAAGAACUUUCGCCAUGCACCAGGCACUCGCCGACCAACGAGAGAAACAAGACGAGUUAGAGGACACACGUGCUCGAAUAGAUCACUUCAAGACCCAACUCGACGGCAUGGCGGCCAAAGUUCUGGACCAGGAAAGAGCCAUGCAGGCCAUGGCCGAGGAGCUGGAACAAGAGAAGCAGCUGCGCAAGCGAGAACAAAGCCGCAGCCGCAGCCGUAUGGUCCGCGCGGCCCCUGAAGACGAAAUCCCCUCGCUUGUGCUUCAGACUCCUAAUCGCGGCAGCAAGCGUGCUAGCCAUGGUACUCUGACCAGCGACUCUGGGUUCGAGUCAGGGGACGAAAGUAUUGCAGACAGCGUCUUCUCUCACCGAGAAGGAAUGGAGUCACCGACGUCUGCUAUCACCGCACCAUCCCCGUCCCCCAGUUUAUCACAAGUGGCUUUGUCAACGCCGAAUGCUGGCCCGACCCCGACACAGAAGAACUUAGUAGCUGCAACUACAACCCCUACACCAACCCGGUCAUCUACGUAUGACCGCGUUAUGAACGGACUUGCUGCAACGCGUUUGGGCAGUUCUUUGGUCGGUAAAUCCAACCAAACCAACCCAUGCAAGAAUUGUUAUGGUGUCCCAGCCAAUGAGGCCUGGAGCGUCAUGGGGAUUCUCAAAGACGAGAACCGAGGCCUGAAGACUCGAUUGAGUGAACUGGAGUUGGUGAUUGAUGACUGCCUGAGUAUGGUCGGUCCUUGA